AUGCCCGUCGUCAAGGGAGGGGUGUGGACCAACAUCGAGGACGAGAUCCUCAAGGCCUCCGUCUCCAAGUAUGGACUCAACCAGUGGGCACGCGUGUCCUCGCUGCUGGCGCGCAAGACGCCCAAGCAGUGCAAAGCUCGCUGGAACGAAUGGCUUGACCCCAGCAUCAAGAAGAUUGAAUGGAGCAAGGAAGAGGAUGAGAAGCUUCUGCACCUCGCAAAAAUCAUGCCCACCCAGUGGCGCACCAUUGCCCCCAUUGUCGGCCGCACCGCCAACCAGUGCCUCGAGCGAUACCAAAAGCUCCUCGACGAAGCCGAGGCCCGCGAGUCCUCGACUCUUGGCCUCACUGGCCCCGAGGGUGGCGAGACGCAGGCUCCCAGCGCUGCUGACACCAGGAGGCUUCGCCCGGGCGAGCUCGACCCAGACCCGGAGACCAAGCCCGCCCGCCCCGACACCAUCGAUCUCGAUGAGGACGAAAAGGAAAUGCUGAGCGAGGCUCGAGCCCGCCUCGCCAACACGCAGGGCAAAAAAGCAAAGAGAAAGGCACGCGAGCGUCAGCAGGAGGAGUCCCGUCGUCUGGCCUCGCUGCAGAAGCGCCGAGAGCUCAAGACGGCCGGCAUCAACAUCAAGGUGGUGACUCGCAAGAAGGGCGAAAUGGACUACAACGCCGACAUCCCAUUCGAGAAGAAGGCCGCACCCGGUUUCUACGACACUCUCGACGAACUGUCCCGCAACGAACUGCAGCGCCAGGCAUUCGAUCCUCGGAAGCAGCAGCUUGCAACCAAGCGAAAGGGCGAUGGUGAUGAAGAUGGCGAACGCAAAAGGAGGAAGAAUGAAAAGGAAGGCAUGUCGGACUCGCAAAAGGCGGCUAUCAAGGCGGGCCAGAUGCAGAAGCUGCGUGAGGCCGAGCAGAAUAGCAAGCGUCGCGCCCUGAACCUGCCGGCACCGCAGGUCAACGACGGCGAACUGGAAGAAAUAAUCAAGAUGGGCAAGAUGGGCGAGGCGGCCAACACAAUGGCCAGGGAGAGCGACAAUGACGCGACCCGAGGCUUGGUCAACUCGUAUUCCACACUCAACACCAACGCUCCGAUCCGGACGCCAAAGGCGCCAGCACAGGAAGACCACAUUGCCAACGAGAUUCGAAACAUACGAGCUCUCAACGAGACCAAGUCGGCUUUGCUGGGCGGCGAGAACACUCCUCUCCAUGAAGGAGCAGGUUCGACGGGCUUCGAGGGCAUCGCUCCCCGGAAACAGACGGUGGCUACGCCGAAUCCCAUGUCGACACCCCUGAGGGGCGCCAACGGCGUCGGCGCAACGCCGGGCCGGCCGGGGCAAACGCCCAUGCGAACCCCACGCGACACAUUCGCCUUGAACCAGGACGGUGCCAUGACCCCGACUUCCGCCACCCCUCGGGACGUGAGAAUGCACGAGAUGGCGGCGCGAAACCAAGUCCGUGCGGGUCUCGCCUCGCUUCCCAGGCCCAAAGACACCGAGUGGGAAUUCGAAAUUCCCGAUGACCAGCAAGAAACGGGCAUGUCCGAGGAAGCCCGGCAGGAAGAUGCGGCCGAGCGUGACCGGAGAGAGCGGGAGAGGCGAGAGGCGGAAGAAGAAUUGGAGCGAAGACGGAGAUCUCAAGUCAUGCAACGCGGCCUCCCGCGGCCGCUGGUUGUCGACUUGACGCAUCUGGCGAAGGCGGCCGAUCAGAUGACGGACCCUGCCGCGGCCAUGAUUGCAAGAGAGGCAGCAGCGCUCGUGGCCCACGAUGCGAGCAAAUACCCCUUGCCAGGGUCUGAACUCAAGGGCACUCCUCACACGAUCGAUCACAUCGACGACAGCGCCCUCGCCGACGCGCGCCUCCUGAUCCUGUCGGAAACUAAGCCUCGCCCCAGCCUUGCAGAGAUACAGGGUGUCUUUGACGGCCGCGCGCCGGAUUCGACGCUGCUCGGUCUGGGCUGCUACAAUGACGACGAAGAGGAGCAAAAGUCCGCCAUGCGCGCCGCAUUUGACUCCGCCCAAGACUCCAUCAUGGCCUCUGCCGAGGAGGGAACCAAGAUGGAAAAGAAGCUGGCUCUUCACCUGGGCGGCUACCAGAAGCGGCAAAAGAUGCUGAAGGACAAAGUCAAGGACGCAUGGGAAGCACUCGAGAAGGCGCGGAAUGCGCUGGGCGGGUUCCAGACGCUGGCCAUUUCGGAGGACGUGGCCGUCACCCGGCGGCUUGAGGCGCUGAGGGAGGAGGUCAGUCUCGUGACCCGGCGCGAGAGACAGGCGCAGGAUGAGUUUAGGAAGGUCAGGGAUGAGCUGGACGCUCUGCGGGCGGGCGGCGUGAAUGGGUACCACUGA